AUGCCCCUUAAUUUACUUCUUGAGGUUGAAAUCUUUGAUGUUUGGGUCAAGGCUUUACCAACCAACACAGCUGCAGUAGUCAUCAGUUUCCUUCAGAAGAACAUAUUCACUCGCUUUGGUACUCCUCAAGUUAUAAUCAGUGAUGAGGGAUCACACUUUUGCAAUCGCAAGUUCACAGCGCUGAUGGAACAGUUUGGUAUCAAUCAUAGAGUUGCUACUGCUUAUCAGCCUAAAACGAAUGGGCAAGCUGAGGUAUCUAAUCGUGAAAUCAAGCGAAACUUAGAGAAAAUUGUGAGUCCUUCGAGGAAAGAUUGGGUGUUGAAGCUUGAUGAGGCCGUCUGGGCCUAUAGAACGGCUUAUAAGACUCCAUUGGGGAUGUCUCCUUUUCAGUUGGUUUAUAGGAAGGCAUGUCAUUUGCCUGCGGAGUUAGAGCAUAAAGCAUAUUGGGCUUUGAAGAAAUUGAACUUUGAUAUGACAGCUGCUGGUGAGAAAAGAAUGCUUCAAAUUAAUGAACUCGAUGAGUUUAGGCUUCAGGCGUAUGAGAACAAUAAGCUUUACAGAGAAAAAGUCCAGAGAUGGCAUGAUAGGAAGUUGGUGCAAAAGGAGUUCUUCAUUGGCCAACAAGUUCUACUUUAUAAUUCUCGUCUCAGACUCUUUCCGGGGAAGUUGAAAUCGAGAUGGUCUGGUCCUUUCACAAUUAAAACGGUGUUUCCACAUGGAGCAAUUGAAAUAUUUGAGACAACACCGGAUAAAGCAUUUAAAGUGAAUGGUCAGAGAUUGAAGCCAUAUUUCGGAGGAACGGUGAAUCGCGAGUUGGUAAGCCUCGUUCUUUCUACUAUUUAA